UCUAUUUUUACCCCCACAGGCCUGUACAUCCUCCCUUACUCACCAGCAGCAGUAACACUGUUUCUGUAUAAAAAAGAUCCUAAUGUAAAAAUAUUUGUUUCACCCUCUUUUUGUGAAAACAGAAACCAGUUCUUUAUGUCAGACUUGAAAAUAUAUCCUCUAACAUUUUUUUAUUGUCUUUUCCUGUUGAUUUUCUUAACCCUUUGAGUGCUUUUGUUUGCAUCCUCAAGCUGUUAUGCAGAAAUUAUGAAGAUGAUCCCAGGUACUUUGAAUUUUCCAGCAUUAUGAAAAACUCAUACAGCUAUUUCUUACACAGAGGUAUCAUGUAGUUCCCAGUAAUCUACCCAGAGAACACCAAGUUACUCUUCUCUUAGGCAAACUCUCUGUGACAAAAGGUCUUGCAGCAAUUAGGACCAGGGGUGCCAGUCCCAUUUCUGUUGCUUUUCUCAUUUUUAUUUUGGAUAUUAACAUCAAUUACAUAAUUUAUCCCACUCUUUGUGCCAUCUGAAUCGUAGCUUUAAUGCUCCCAGGUUUUAGGCUCAUUCCACUGUGGGAAUUUUGCAAGUUCCUGAAGACAACUGUGGGCAAAGAUUUAAAAAGCAUAGCAAUGUGUUGUGCAAUUUUCACUUCUAAAUGUUAUUUAUUUGAAGCCUCACUCAAGGCACUUGAGUGCUUUUUUGUGCCCAGUGUAUGAACAGUUCCUGUGCUUCGGAGAUCCUAAUUCCAAUAUGACAUUCCCUCUUGGCAAAGGUGUUACAGUUUAUUCUUCAUAUUGAAAUAUUGAUGUCCCAGAGCUGAAAUUAAACCUUUGCUUGCUCAAGUGUUUCAGGACCAUGCUUGUUUGAUUGUUGCAUUACCUGCACAGCUUUACUUUUGCAAGCAUUGUAAGCAUUGCAAGCUAAUCUUCCUGAGACUUACUUCACACUGUGCUUUCAAGUCCACUAAAAAUCUUAACUUUGGCAUCCUGAUAACUCUCAUUAAAACUUGCUGGUUUUGCCUCAUUCAUGUCUUUGGACUGCCCUUUUUUCAGCUUAGCACCUUUUAGGUAAGCUGAGUUUUCUGCGAAAAAUACAAACCCAGCAAAUAUUGCUGAUGGUCUGUCCAGAGGAGGAUGCGGCAGACUGGAACAGGUCCGUGUGAACACAAGGUCCUGAUUUCCUUUCCAGUAAAGCUCAUCCAGUGACAUCAGGCUGCAAAAAGCUUGCAAGCAAUUCCCUCCUGGACCAACUCCUCUCCCAUUGCUUGGAAACUUGGUGCACUUGAACUUUCAGUUUCAUCGGGAUCUUCUGAUGGAGCUGGCAAAAACUCAUGGUAACAUGUACACUCUGUGGUUUGGGUGGGUCCCAGUGAUUAUACUGAAUGGAUUUCAAGCAGUGAAGGAUGGCAUGACCACACACCCUGAAGAUGUUUCUGGCAGGCUGGUGUCACCUUUCUUCAGAGCAUUGGCCAAAGGAAAAGGUAUUAUACUUGCAAGUGGUCGCUCCUGGAAGCAUCAGAGGCGUUUUGGAAUAAUGACUCUACGCAAUUUGGGAAUGGGGAAAAAAGGCCUGGAGCAUCGAGUGCAAGAGGAGGCCUCUCACCUGGUGGAGUUUUUUGGGAACCUCAAAGGGAGACCUGUGGAUCCUUCUUUCCCUCUUUUCCAUUCUAUUUCAAAUGUAAUUUGUGCUGUGGUUUUUGGAUAUCACUUCUCUGAUGAGGACAAAACCUUCCAUGAACUGAUCCAUGCUACAGAGAAAAUAUUCAAGUUUGCAGGCAGCUUUGUUCAUCAGAUGUACGAAAUCCUGCCCUGGCUGCUGUGUCGCCUCCCUGGGCCUCAUAAGAAGGUGCUGGCUUGCUAUGAUGUCCUGAGUUCUUUUGCAAGGAAGGAAAUCAGAAGACAUGUAGAGAGAGGGAUACCAGCUGAACCACAGGAUUUCAUUGACUUUUACCUGGCUGAGAUUGAGAAAUCUAAAGAGGGGGCCAAGUCCAAGUAUGAUGAAGAGAAUUUGGUAUAUGUCAUAAAUGAUCUUUUCCUUGGUGGAUCAGAGACUUCAAGCACUACAUUGUACUGGGGACUGCUGUAUAUGGUGGUGAAUCCAGACAUCCAAGAGAAAGUGCAGAAGGAGCUGGAUGCUGUUCUGGGUCCUUCCCAGUUAAUUUGUUAUGAGGAUCGGAGAAAACUGCCCUACACAAACGCUGUGGUUCAUGAGAUCCAGCGCUUCAGCAACAUCGUCUUUGUUGGCGUCCCCAGACUGUGUGUGAGGAACACAACUCUGCUGGGAUUCCCUGUCAAAAAGGGCACCAUUGUUAUACCAAAUAUAGCAUCUGUUCUGUAUGACCCUGAGCAGUGGGAGACACCUCGGCAGUUCAACCCUGGCCAUUUUCUGGACAAAGAAGGAAACUUUGUACCUCGAGAGGCUUUCUUACCAUUCUCAGCAGGGCACCGGGUGUGUUUGGGGGAGCACCUGGCCAGGACCGAGCUGUUCAUUUUCUUUGCCAGCCUGCUGCGGGCGUUCACCUUCCGCCUGCCCGAGGGCGUGACCCGGCUCAGCACGGAGCCCGUCAUGGGGGGCACUCUGCAGCCCCAGCCCUACAGGCUCUGUGCCAUCCCACGCUAGGCUGCAGCAGGAGACUCCCACCUUUACCUCUGUCAUCCGUAAUAAUACGGUUUAGGUUUUGAAAUCAGGUUGCAGUUGUCUGUUCCAGGGAAAUAUGUGCAAUUGGGUGUGUUACUUUUUAAACUACUGUGAUUGCUUCACUUAAAGUGAGUUCAUGUCACAGAACUGCAGAAGUGCUGCUUUGUUUUAUAUUUGCAGGAUAGCAAGAGUGUGUGAAUCCAGAAAGCCUAAAAUAUUUAAUUUUGAUGGACAUGAAAGAGCUGCCUAACAUUAUAUGGUGCUCAGCUCUGCUAAGUUGUGGUACAGGAAAGCACUGGCCAGUUGUCUGCCACCCAGAUCCUCUGCUGAUGUUAUUCUUGUGCUUUUCUUUCUCUUUCAUGAUGGGCCUCUCCUGGGUAGCAUUAUUAGUGCCACAGCCAUAAGCAGGACAAAUGCCAAACUCCAGGGAAGCUAUUUACCCUGGCAAAAGGAAAAAGCAGUCGCUGGAGACAAAGACAGCCUUGUGUACAAGUUGGUAGAUUCUGCAUCCAUCCAGAAAUUAAAGCAAGGGUUGAUUUUUUUUCACUUCUGUUCAAAUAAGUUGUUUGGGGAACUGUUUUCUUUCAAAGGCCAAGGCAAAACUGUCCCUGUGGAGGCCUCAUGGAACGACCCAGUGAAUCAUUGGUGUGUAGUGGGGGAACCUGACAUCUAUGGGAUUACAUUUUGAAAAAAAGAAAUUAUCUGUUGCACCAGCAUUUGGGGAAACUAUUUCUGUAUUUGAGGAAGUUUAGAAACUCUUGGACAAACAGGAGGUGAAAGAACAGGUAAUUUUUGCUGUCUCUCUGGCAGGUGACAAAUGCAACAAAAAGGGAGAUGGGUCAAAAGAGCCAGAGGAGGUUGCACUGCACAUGCUGUGUUGGUAAUCUGAGCCUCAUCACAGGAUUUGUACUAAACAUCUCUUUCUGUUCAAGAAGCACUGGGAUAUAUCUUCAGCAGGAAAAUUAUUUUAGGGUUGUUUAAUAACAAUACAGUUUUUAGCAUUUGUACUGUUCUCACAAACUUUUCUAAGGCAGCUGCAAUCAUGUGCUGUCAGAACAUGAGACUGGCUGAACCUGACGCACCAUGGCUGUGUUUGAGUUCUAUAAAAGAAUUAAAAUAGUUUCAUAUUAAUAUUCAUCUUGAACAUUUAUUGUCAUUAUUAUGUCACACUCUUAUAUUUUCCAUUUGAAUAACUUCAUCUUACUUUCAGACAGUGCCCUGACCAAAUGCCUGCUGAGACAUAACUUGGGAAACUAGAAAAAAAUGCUCAUCUAAUCAAUUGUAAUUCUGGAGCAUGAGCUAAAAUGCACUAAAUGCUAUUCACUUCCCUUUGAUUAAAAGAUUUGCCUCUGGUACAUUUUAAAGCUUAAUUCAUUCAUUUGCCGAAUGCCUUCAGGUGAGAAAAAUGCACUGUGAACAGGAAAUCUGAUUUUCUUCAGUACUAAAAUGAAAUUUCAUGUUUAAAAAAGACAGAUAAUAUGCUAGUUGAAUUGGUGUUACACACGCUUCCUUUACCAUUUGUCAUUGUGUGUAAGAUCUGCAUUUAAGUCCAUGCUGUAAGGGCAGCCUUGAACUGGGAACAGCGGGUAACCCAAGACGAGGAAAUCCCUCCCCAUAAAAUCCUUGUGCUGAAAUGUUAUCUUCUCACUUAUUUU